AUGGACACUCAGCGACCCGUUCUCGCCGACCAGACCCAGCAGAUCACAUCACCAGCGACCAUCAUGUCUGCGUCCCCGUCGAAUCGGUCCACCUCGCGACCAGCAUCAGCCGCCUCUGUUGAUGACGGCCUUUACUCCCCCACAUCCAUGCAGCGAUCCUCCUCUGCCGACCACAACAAGGUCUCCAAGCGCAAGGGUCAGUACUCCUCUCCUCCCGGUCUCGACAGACCACAGAAGAAGAAGAAGCAUAUUGACAUUGGCCACCCCAAAGGCACUCGCUCCGUCUCCACACUCACACCUGCACAGCUCGCUCGCAAGCGUGCCAACGACAGGGAGGCGCAGCGUGCCAUCCGCGCCCGCACAAAGGAACAUAUUGAGCGCCUCGAGGCCGAGCUCGAUGAGCUCCGAAGUGUCCACUCGCGCGACCAGGCGGUCCAGGAACUCCUUCGCCGCAAUCGCAUGCUCGAGGACGAGCUGCGCUCGCUCCGCGAAUCGGUCGGCCUCUCGAGCUCGCACAACUCGAGCAGCUACCACUCGGCCGCGUCUUACUCCAUGGUCGGCUCCCUCACCAGUCCACGGACCUCGCCGUACCCCUCCAGCGACUUCAGCGCGCCGCCGCCGCCGCCACCGCCCGGCAACCUACCUGACUACGCGUCCGCGGGCUACGGGCCCUUUGCUCCUGCGGCUGCUGCUGGCAAUGCACCGUCGUCAGCGGCCUCGGCCGAGAAUUGGGCUGCCCCUGGGUCGACCACCUCCGUGCCAUCCAACGUCUCCAGUCCGUGCUCCACCAACAACGAUGAGUACGGUACCGGUUCGGCUUACCUACCUACCAGCGCCCCGAACCCCAUGGUCCCAUCACCCGCUAGUCUGAGGCACCACCACGGUAUCAAGAUGGAGUAUGAAGACGGUAAUGACCAUGGAUUCCCUCUUGAGCAGCACCGGACAAGCAGCUCGUCGUCCAUGACGCUCGCCUCGAAUGGCUUCAUGCCGCCCCAGCAACACGCUGCCGCGUGGCCACCCACGUCCGGCAUGUAUUAUGCUGCCAUGCAGCCCCCCGUGUAUUAA